CAGUACAGUCGCGUGCUGCCGACUAGACCUUGUAGAACAGCUGCUCGUUCACUUUCCGAGCGCGUAUCCCCACUCUUACCUUGCGCACUGAGACCGUGCCUUGCCUAUUCCUGGCAGAUGACUUCAUACCAGCGUACGGACCGGUCGGUGGAGGUUGUGCUGUGCAGUUCGAGUACGAUCCGUCCGUGUUGUGACUGACGGAAAUCAAACAAAAGGAUGUGUCAGUUACGGUCGGUCUGUUCGGUCCGGAUGUUUUAAUCGCGCGAAUUGUCACCGGCGAUUUCUGCACCGCAGUGAAAGUGUCCGGUUGUAACCAGUUAUCGUGUUUCCUACGUUUUAGGUUAAUCGGUGUAAACAACAUUUUAUGUGUGCAUGUAAAACGCAUCGUCUUCGACAGCACUUGUUUGAUCAAGUUAGUGUUCUUCAGUGCGUAAAUGGGCCAGCAUUGUGGAGGGCGUGUUACGCAAAGGAGGUGUGGCAUUAGUACUUAGUGCAGUGUGAGUGUAUCUGUUCAUGAUCCGUGAGGUGUUGACGGCUCGGAAUGGCGGUGUCGUUCUUGUCACCUGUGAAGUCGGAACAGGAGAUUCUUCACAAUUCGAUGCUGGAAGAUGAUCCUAACGCCAAUUCGUCGGUUUCACCUGAAGAGACUGUGUCUCCCAGAUGGGGUCCCACCCACAAGGGAGCCCAAGAACUAGCUAACUUGUACAGUAGAGGGAAGAGAAUUCAGGAAUGUAUAAGUGUCAGUAUAUGUGUGACCCUGAUAGCUGUCAACACAUGCCUUAUUUUUUAUCAUAUACACUUAAAAAAUAUUCCAACAAUAUUGUUAGCGGCACUAUGUGGCAUCGUCUCGGCCGACUUUGCGUCCGGUAUGGUUCACUGGCUAGCAGACACUUGGGGAUCUAUAGACUUGCCCAUCAUUGGCAAGAAUUUUCUGCGGCCAUUCAGGGAGCACCACAUAGACCCAACGUCCAUCACUCGCCAUGACUUUAUCGAGACGAAUGGCGACAAUUUCAUGGUUACCAUUCCAUUCUUGGGGUUCCUGCUGUGGCGGCUGAUCACAGACUCAGAACAGCAGCUUCAACGUCACUUCGCCGUCCUCUGCUUCAUCUUCCUCUUCGCCAUAUUUGUGGCCAUGACCAACCAGAUCCAUAAGUGGUCACACACAUAUUUUGGUCUGCCGUGGUGGGUUGUGUGGCUGCAGGAGCACCACGUGAUUCUGCCGAGACGCCACCAUCGCUACCACCAUGUAGCGCCCCACGAGACCUACUACUGCAUCACCACAGGUUGGCUCAACUGGCCGCUGGAAGUGGUCCGAUUCUGGCCCGCCCUAGAGUCCGCAAUCACGCUGUUUACGGGCUGUCGUCCACGCGACGAUGACUUUAAAUGGGCUCAGAAACGCUCGUGACCCGCCACGUAUCUCAUUCAUACUAUUAUCGCUUUUUUUACAUCCAAUAAAUUUGUUCCUUCAAUGAA